UGGCUACGUCAUCUGUUUUGCCUUACUCAGGCAUGGCGGCGCACAUGAUGGAGAGUAAAGGGACCCGUUUGUCGGGAAGCGCUACCAGUUUUCAGAAGAAAUCCCGCAGUAAACUGAUUCAGAUUCCUGGUACUAAACCCUCCGUUCAGACCGGGCAGCUCAUCGUCUCUUCCGGUGUGCCGUCACUGGACUGCGUUCUCGGAGGAGGACUAGCAGUGGGAAGCCUGCUGCUUAUUGAAGAGGAUGAGUUUAACAGUUACUCGCGUACAUUGCUGCAGUAUUUCCUAGCAGAAGGGGUGAUGAGUGGACACGAACUCUUCAUUGCUUCUGCUCAAGAUCACCCUGAUGACAUCAUAAAGGGUUUUCCAUCUCCACUUCAGGAUGAAGACCCAGAGUCUAAAACCGUCUCGUCUUCGAAUCCAGAUCAGCAGGAUGCCAUGAAAAUCGCCUGGCGCUAUCAGAACCUUCCUAAAGUCCAGACUGCGCUGUCCUCUUCAUCACGUUUUGGUCAUUAUUAUGACCUUUCCAAACAUAUGGAGCAAGAUCUUCUCAGAAACACCAAGAUUCACACUUUCUACCUGCCUGAAGAGCAAACAGAACCUACACAUCACAGUGGUGUUCUUGGCCCCUACUCUGUGUUACUACACACUAUCCAGUUGUUAAUCAGACAAAACGGAUUUGAUGGCUCAAACUCGCAGGUGAAGCCUUGUAAUGUGCUACGACUUGCUCUUCACUCUCUGGGGUCAGCACUGUGGGGUGAUGAUGUGUGUGUUAGUCCUGCCCACAAUCACGCCCUGCUGGCCUUUCUCUAUGCCCUCCGAGCUCUGCUACGCUCUUCCCUUUCCGUCGCAAUGGUGACCGUCCCCACUCACCUCAUCAGGAAUAAAUUAAUAAGAGGCAGGAUGAUCAGGUUGAGCGAUACAGCUAUAGCGUUGCAGUCGUUCUCUGACACAGAGAGAAACAACAACCCACUUUAUAAAGACUACCACGGUCUUCUGCGUGUUAUCCAGGUUCCUCGGCUGAACUGUUUGAGCUGUGAAGUUCCAGAUACAAAGGACCUCGCAUUCAGACUGAAGAGGAAACAGUUUACCAUUGAGAGGAUGCAUUUGCCCCCCGAUCUCUCAGAAUCAGUAAGUCGGGUCAGUAAAGUACAGAAAGCUCCUGUUUGUUCAUCUGAUGGAAACAAGCGCCUGGACUUCUAGACUGGACCCACACUUUCAUGUUAAUAUUUAUUUCUUAUCAUCAAAUAAAAGAAACUUUGUUA